GGGUUUGAUGGGUAAGAGCAGGGGCAAGAAUGAAAGCCAGAGCUUGUGGAUUCCCUCCAAUGUGCUGCCUCCCAAUCUCAUUAUUUCAUCUCUUUUCCAGGCGUUGAGCUGAUGAAUGGUUCAGUGGUCUCACAGUUCACCCUCCUGGGCCUGUCCCACUCCCGCCCUCUCCAGCUUCUCCUCUUUGUCCUCGUCUCAGCCUGCUACACCGCCAGCCUGCUGGGCAACCUCCUCAUUGUGGUGACUGUGCGGAUGGACCCCAACCUCCUCCAGUCCCCCAUGUACUUCUUCCUGGCCAACCUCUCACUCAUCGACAUGGCCCUCGGCUCUGUGGCUGCUCCCAAGAUGCUCAGCGACUUGCUGAGCCAGGGCAGCACCAUCUCCUAUGGGGGCUGCAUGGCCCAGAUUUUCUUCCUUCACUUUCUGGGUGGCUCUGAGAUGUUCCUCCUCACACUCAUGGCCUACGACCGCUAUGUGGCCAUUUGCCACCCACUGAGCUAUGCUGAGACCAUACACCACCACUGCUGCCUGGGCCUCUUGGCAACCUGCUGGGCUGGAGGCGUGCUCCAUUCUUCCAUCCAGCUGGUGUUGGUGGCAUGGCUGCCAUUUUGUGGGCCCAGCAAGCUGGACAAUUUCUACUGCGAUGUACCCCAAGUGGUCAAGCUAGCCUGCAGUGACACCUACGUGAUGGAGAUACUCAUAAUGUCCAGCAGUGGCCUGAUCUCACUAGUCUGCUUCCUGGUCUUGCUGGGGUCAUACGGUGUCAUCUUAGUGACCCUCAGAGGACGGUUUGGUGAUGGGGGCGGCAGGAAGGCUUUGUCCACCUGUAGUGCCCACCUGAUGGUGGUGAGCCUCAUCUUUGUGCCCUGCAUUUUCAUCUACCUCCUGCCUUUCUCCAGCUUGCAGAUGGACAAGAUGGCCUCCGUCUUCUACACCAUCAUCACGCCAGUGCUGAACCCCAUUAUCUAUACCCUGAGGAACCGAGAGGUCAAGGAAGCCAUGAAGCGACUGAGGACUAGGCUUUGGCUCUCUUGUUGGACAUAG